AUGUUAAGGUCGCGGCCCAAGAGGACAGGGUCGAACAAUGUGGACUACAACCUGCGCAAGAGCAGGAUCAUCAAAGAGGAGGACGGCGGGCGCAGCGCCAAGCGACCGCGCGCGGCAGCGGAGGAGGAGCGGCGGGAGCGGACGGCGGAGGCGUGCGCGGGGCCCGUGAUCCAGGAGGUGGGCGGAGCGACGACGUUCUACGAGCCGGGGACGGCGGACCCUGUGAAUGGGGUGACGGGGCUGCGCCUGAGCGAGCUGCCGGGGGAGCGCGUGAAGCGCGAGGCGCUGGGGAACGGACGGCAGGUGCGGGAUAUUCCACGGGAGGCUGAGGAGCGGUACCAGCGGGCGCUGGUGCGGGACGCGGACGGCAGCGACAGCUUCAUGCGGUCGGCACUGAGCCCGCAGGACGUGCACGCAGCGGAGCGCGCGCGGACGGCGGCGGCGCGGCGGCCAGGGCUGCAGCCGCGGCGCUCAAGUUGCCCGACGGUGUCGGGCAACGGCGUGCCCAAGCAGAAGCGCAUCAAAGCAAUCAAGGACCCCGAGUCAAAGCUGUUUGGCCAGAACAGCACUGCGAACCAUGUGCACAUCCCCGAGCUGAGGAGCGCCGGGGCGAAUAUAGAGAACGACGACUUCUGCUCGAGUUGCAUGCAAACCGGCAUCUUUCUUUGCUGUGACACCUGCCCGAAGUCGUUCCACUUUGCAUGUCUGAAUCCGCCGCUGGACCCGGACCGGCUGCCCGAGGGCGAUUGGUCGUGCCACGAGUGCCGCUUUAAGCAGAUGUAUCCCACAAAAGCUGCAGCGGGCAAGGCAGAGAAGCGCUUCCUGGCCGAGCACCAGGAUACGCCUGGCAUUUCUCUCUUUGGUAAGCUGCUUUUCCAGCUGCAAUCUAUGAACUCUAAGCAAUUUGGCUUGGCCCCUCAGAUAAAGGACACUUUCGCGAAUGUCCACACGGGGCCGCAUGGUGAGUACCAGGACGAUACCAUGAAGGAGCCGCUAUCCGAUAAACAGUUGUUCAAUGUACCGUAUGGCCAAUCCGUCACGAAAUUCGACUCAUACAAUCCCGAUACGCACUUUGAAAAUCCCGAUGAAUCCGAACUGCUGAUAUGCUACAAGUGCAACACUACGCGGAUGGGCACAUGGGACCAUCCGGAAACUGAACGCCUGAUUAUGAAGUGCGAUUAUUGUAACACGCCGUGGCACCUGGAUUGUCUCCCGGUACCAAGGGCAUCACGCAAGAACCUAGGGUCGAAAUGGAAAUGCCCGCUACAUGCUAUACCACCGUACCAGAAGCGUAGGCUAGCGAAGGGCCAGGAAUAUGUCCUGCAGCCCCUAGGCGCGUACAAUGAUGGCGAUGUAGAAAUAGAAUUGGACACUACUCCCAUCGAAGCAGAAAUCGGAAAGGAUAUGCAAUGCGCUUGGGAAAACGGAAGAAGGUUUAAUAAUAUAUCAUUGUUACAGGAGCAAAAUGUUAAAUUGGAGUUUCUAGACAAAGUAUAUCGCGCAAAGCAGGCUCAGCGUACCCACGAACUGCGUGAAGAAACAAUUCUUAUCGAGAAAAUGCAUGCACCUCCAGAUGAUAAUAAGACAAAAUCUUGGCUAUAUUUUUCGUUACCAGAGAAAAUGAGAAAACUAUGGGAUUUCCAAGAGCUGUGUGUUGUAGCAGAUAAAGAAUUGAAGAAUACUUAUAUUUCACCUGAUGAGAUCAAACAGCUGCAGUUGUUGAAAAGGUUGCUUGAAUCCAAACCAAGGAAGGACGUAUUUUCGUUUCUAGGCCUGGAUAACUAA